AGGCACUCAGCGGGAGGGUGGGACUUCAGGGACGCCCCUCCUUUCGGGAGCAUGUGGACUUUCAAUCAGGUAAGGGAGGAGUUUGACGGAAGGCCACAAGAGCGAAUAGAAACAAAGACCUUGAAGAAGGAAGGCAGGGUUUGAGGCGAACGCCCCGCCCCCUUCGCAUCUUGCCGGUCAGUCAGGUGGCUCAAGGAUGCGCGGUUAGAGUCGGGCGAUGGAGCAGCGAAGGCGCGGUUGCCGGGCGGACGAGUUUUGGACCCGCUCGGCUCCCGUUCUCGGCGGCCUCUCAGGGACAACACCGCCGCUGCACCUGGAAUGAGGAGCACGGGAGGCUGAUGGAGGAGCCCUUCCCCGUCCGCCCCUCUCCUCCUCCUUUCCUCCUCCCCUCAUGGAGCCGCCCGCAGCCUGCAGCCCGCGCCGGGCGGAAGCCGAGGACGACGACGAAGAGGCGGCGGCGGCGGCGGCAGGGCCGGGCCUCUGGACGGCAGUCUUCGAGUACGAGGCGUGCGGCGAGGACGAGCUGAGCCUGCGGCCGGGCGACGUGGUGCGGGUGCUCUCCCAGGACUCGCAGGUGUCCGGCGACGAGGGAUGGUGGACCGGGCAGAUCGACCAGCGCGUCGGCAUCUUCCCCAGCAACUACGUGACCACCAGCAGCGGGAGCCGGGGCAGCGCCGCCGAGCUCCGGGCCCACUAUCCGCAGGCGCCGGCCAUCCAGCUGCUGGAGAUUGACUUCUCAGAGCUUUUUCUGGAGGAAAUCAUUGGCAUAGGAGGCUUUGGGAAAGUAUAUCGUGCAAUUUGGCUUGGAGAUGAAGUUGCUGUCAAGGCAGCACGCUAUGAUCCAGAUGAAGAUAUCAGUGAGGCAAUAGAGAAUGUUCGUCAAGAAGCCAAACUGUUUGCAAUGCUAAAACAUCCCAACAUAAUUGCUUUGAAAGGUGUAUGUCUAAAGGAACCUAACCUUUGCUUAAUCAUGGAGUUUGCUCGUGGAGGGUCACUAAACAGAGUACUGUCUGGUAAAAGGAUACCACCAGACAUACUGGUCAACUGGGCCGUCCAGAUUGCUGGAGGAAUGAACUACCUGCAUGAUGAAGCAAUUGUUCCUAUUAUCCAUCGGGAUUUGAAAUCCAGCAAUAUAUUAAUACUUGAGAAGGUGGAAAAUGGGGACCUGAACAACAAGAACUUGAAGAUUACUGAUUUUGGCUUGGCCAGAGAAUGGUAUAAGACAACCAAAAUGAGUGCAGCUGGGACAUACGCUUGGAUGGCUCCGGAAGUCAUACGUUCAUCCAUGUUCUCUAAAGGAAGCGAUGUAUGGAGCUAUGGUGUGUUGCUCUGGGAACUGCUGACUGGAGAAGUACCAUUUCGAGGAAUUGAUGGCCUAGCAGUGGCAUAUGGGGUUGCCAUGAAUAAACUUGCUCUCCCUAUUCCUUCAACCUGCCCAGAACCUUUUGCCCGACUGAUGGAAGAUUGUUGGAAUGCUGAUCCUCAUUCAAGGCCAUCCUUUGCCAAUAUUUUAAGUCAUCUAACCAAUAUAGAAGAGUCUGGCUUCUUUGAAAUGCCAAAGGACUCUUUCCAUUCCCUGCAAGAAGACUGGAAAGUAGAGAUCCAGGAGAUGUUUGAUCACCUCAAGGCCAAAGAAAAGGAGUUACGUACAUGGGAAGAAGAAUUAACCCGAGCAGCAGUUCAGCAGAAGAAUCAUGAAGAGUUCCUGCGGCAGCGGGAACAGGAACUGGCAGAACGAGAGAUUGACAUUUUAGAAAGGGAGCUCAACAUAAUCAUCCACCAGCUUUGCCAGGAGAAGCCUCGUGUGAAGAAACGGAUGGGCAAGUUCCGAAGAAACUGCCUCAAGUUGAAAGAUGGCAAUCGUAUCAGUCUCCCUUCUGAUUUUCAACACAAGUUCACAGUGCAAGCAUCUCCAACGACGGAUAAAAGGAAAAGUUUAAUCAGUAUCUGCUCCAGUCCUCCUGCCAGUCCUACCAUCAUUCCGAGGCUCAGAGCCAUCCAAUUAACACCCAGUGAAAGCAGCAAAACAUGGGGACGAAACUCUGUAUCCCAAAAAGGAGAAGAAGGAGAAGAAGAGAAAAAAGGUCAAAAGAAGAAAGGCCGCACAUGGGGCCCAAGUUCUCUUUGUCAUAAAGAGCUAACAACAGAUAAUGACGGCAAAACCAUCUCAUCAGUGGAAUUCAGCUUUUCUGUUGCACAAAAUCUAAUAUCUGUCCCAGAAUGUUCCAAGAAGUGGCUCAUCAAGGGAGCAUCCGAUUUCCCCUACUUAUAUUGCAGAGGAGUUCAACUUCUAAAGUCCCUUGUCGAUGGAUCGAGACAGUGGUCAUCCAGUGCACCAAACCUAGGGAAAGUCCAGAGAACAAUAAUCCCUUUUCUAGGAUUUACAAGCCUAGCAGAAAUCGAGAAUGAAGAUGGUGAUUCUUUGAAAAAUGGGGAGAGCAAGAUUCCACCUUCUCCUAGGCCUAACCCUUCGUAUCUCUGCAUCCCAUUUCAGAAGAAUGAGGACUGGGAUGGCCAGUGCAGUGAUGCCAAUGAGGAGGUCACUCCGGUGAACUCUGCCACAAGCACACCGCAGCUCACCCCCACCAAUAGCCUCAAACGUGGGGGUUCCCAGUACAAACAGUGUGAGCUUGCCUUUCUUGGCUGUGGGGCUGUCUUAGCUGCUGCUGGCCUAGGUUUCGAUCUCCUGGAAGCUGGCAAGUGCCAGCUGCUAACGCAGGAUGAGCAGGAUGCCCCCAAGGAAGAGAAGAAGAAGCGUGACAGUAUCUUCCAGCGGACAGGGCGCUCCCGUCGCAGCACCAGCCCUCCUUCAAGGAAGCUCUUUAAAAAAGAGGAGCCCACGCUGCUGCUAGGAGAGCCAUCCACUUCUCUCACCCUGCUCUCCUUGUCUUCUAUUUCCGAAUGUAACUCCACACGUUCCCUGCUGCGCUCAGAUAGUGAUGAGAUAGUGGUGUAUGAGAUGCCUGUCAGCCCUGUGACAGUGAAGGCUCCCUUGCCAGUUGUUAAUAACCCACUGGUUAAUAUCCGUGUUGAGAGAUUCAAGCGGGACCCCAACCAGUCCUUGACUCCAACCCAUGUGACUCUUUCUUCUGAAACCCGACAAAAAGGACAUAGACGCACCCCCUCUGAAGGUGCCAUAAAAGUGGCUGGUCUGCUUGCAAAUGGAUGCCCUUCCAGUAAUUCUCCAACAGGAGCACUAGGAACAGGAGUACUAAGAACGCCCAGUCCAAGUCAGGGUCCAAACGAAGUCCCUCGACUACCAGACCCCAACCUCAUCUUUCCUCCAACCCCCAGGCGCCAUAAUGCUCAGCAAGACUCCAUGCUGGAGAGACCUAAGACCUUGGAGUUCCUACCUAGGCCACGCCCUUCAGCUAACAGGCACCGGGUUGACCCCUGGUGGUUUGUAUCCCCAAGUAAUGCUAGGGGUGAUUCCUCUGCCAAUAGUUCCAGUACAGAAACACCUAGUAACCUGGAUUCCUGCUUUGUCAGCAGUAGCAGCACUGUUGAAGAGAGGCCUGCACUACUUUCUUUCCAUGUCAGACUGCCUGAAGAAGAACAGACACUCUUGGACAUAGAUGUUGAAGGGCAGAACGAGGACAGCACUGUGCCGCUAUGCAGAACUGGACUCAGAACACACAAACCUGCAGCUUAUGAACUGAAACCAGAAUUUUGGUCUUAGCAUGAAAUUCAUAAAGAGUUGGUAAACUCUGUUUGAUUUAGUUCUACUUCUUGCACUGCAAAUGCACUUUGAAGACACUUGGAAGUAGAGUGAUGCUGCUGAAGUCAUUUUGCAAUGUUGUGUCCACUACAGAUAUGAUAAUAGCAGCUUGUAGCUGAGCUACACAGAGCUGCUGAGUCUUGAAGUGAGGUUUCCUGUAGUCUUCCUUGUUUCUUCAUUACAGUGUUAAACUGCGACAUGCAGUGUGAUAUAUCUAAGCCUCCAUUCUUAAACUGCAAGUACUCAGAUACCCGAUAUUGGUAUGAAUUUUAUGAUAACCUCAACUCCAAUAUUUUAAAUCUAGUAAUAGACAGUAAUGUUGUUUACAGGCUGUUAGGCUACAGGAAUAUGUGUUAACAUUUAGAUGUUUUUCUACCAGCACUCAUGCUAGAUUUCAAUUUUUUUCUCUUGAUUUUCUAGAACUAAUAUUUUAUCUUUUGGGAUAUGCAAAUACCAGUAGUUCCACCUUUCCAAACUGAGUGCUGGGGAAUAAAAAUGGAGUGGAUGUCUUGAUAAAUACUUGAUAAAUACUGUACUUGGCCAAUACCACCUAUAUAAUGUAUCACAACACAUUUAUUGUAUUUUACUGAAAAGGCAAAGGGCUUUGAGUUGUUAUUUUUAAAAAGAAUCCUGAAAUCAUGUCUCAGGUAAAUAGAUGUCAAAAUGCAGUGAUACAAAUUAACCAGUGGGAUAAUGGAGGAAAGAAAACUUUGACACUGAAGGGAGGAGGGGAAUGAUGUGAAACUUUAGCACAAACUAUCAUGACUUGAUACACAAGGUUUUUGUCCAACCAGGAACUUGUGAAAUACAGUCAAUCAUGUGUUGUGAAUUGUUGUACCCUUUGCCAAAUUUCAGCAGUAUAUUGCAUGAAAACAGUGAUUUUUAUAUGCCCCCGUUUCAUUGAAUGUUAUAUUAAUAAUUACAUUGGGUAUCUUGCGUUUGAAAUGACUUCUCCCUAAUAAUGAACUAAUAUGUCUAGUGAAUCUGGGGAUACUGAAUGCAUUAAGGCAUGUCAUUUGAUUUCCUACUCAAGGAUCUGUCAUCUUCACAUCUUUUCUUUCUGGUCUGAACUUUUGCCCUUCUCAAAUCGUAGAGAAAGGGGAUUCUCCCUGAAUUCUUAGCAGGACUAAAAAACAUGAAUAAGUCCAAAAAUUUAGUUAAAAAUUACUGAAAAAUCUACUGCUCAAUGUAAAUACUGUAGAGCGGCAAAAGCUGGGAGCUUACUUUGUUUCCAGAGAAUGUAAUAGAAACACCAAUCCCCUGUACUCUUUCACAACACCUCUUCUGACUUUUUGAACACCUGAGUGGGAAAAUGGCUGUGGCAACAAUAGCACUUUAGUGCUUUUCUCGAAGGAUCACCAAGAGAGUAGAGGGUGCUGGUAUUUAUUUUAUGUACUCUUGGGAUGGACAAAGCUCUCACCUUUCACCACGCUUUAGAAAAUGGGCACUCCCUUUUUUCAUAAUAUUGUACCUUAUGUUUGAUCAAAAAAGGAACCAUUUCCAUCUCUGAAUAGUGUGUCCAAAAGGCCUUUCUGAUUGCCGGGGGGGGGGGGGGGGGGAAUUGAUAGCGACCAGGGGGUGGCUGGAUCUCUCAAGCAGUGGUAGCACUAUCCCCUUGCCCUUGACUUAUACAUAUACAGUAGAGUCUCACUUAUCCAAGCUAAACGGGCCAGCAGAAGCUUGGAUAAGCGAAUAACUUGGAUAAUAAGGAGCGAUUAAGGAAAAGCCUAUUAAACAUCAAAUUAGGUUAUUAUACAAAUUAAGCACCAAAACUUCAUGUUAUACAACAAAUUUGGCAGAAAAAGUAGUUCAGUACGCAGUAAUGUUAUGUUGUAAUUACUGUAUUUACGAAUUUAGCACCAAAAUAUCAUGAUAUAUUGAAAACAUUGACUACAAAAAUGGCUUGGAUUAUCCAGAAGCUUGGAUAAGCGAGGCUUGGAUAAGUGAGACUCUACUGUAGUUAAUUUGGGCAAGAGUAUGGUAGAUAGGUCCAGAAAGCAGAAUGCACUUCAGUGCUUUCAGUGUUGCCAAGUCUCUAGACAAGAUAAAAAAGAUAUCCUGUGAUCACACACUGAUCUUGGAAAUGUUUUCUGGACAGAUGAUGAUGAACACUUACACUCUAGUCUCUUUGCUUCAUUCAGAACUCAAGAGAGCUUCAAGGCAGGCAAUUCCAAGACUAUGCAUCUUGUCAAAGAUGCCUCUCAUCAUUGGCUGAGUGAAGGGUGUGAACAGAUUUCUGUUACUCUUGAGGAAAUGUAGGGGUCCCUCCUGUCACUAUAGGCAUGCCUCAGUUAACAAAGUGGAUAUGUUCCUGGGCAUUGCUUCUUUAACAUAAAUUUUGAUACCAAAAGUAGAAACAUCUUAAUAAAAUAGGUGCCUAUUAGGCAUGUGCAAAAAAUUCAGAAGUGUCAGAAAUCGUAAGAAAAGUUUUGUAAGUUGGAAGCCAUAGCUGAAGCAUUUGCGUGACCCACACCAAAUAGUUUAGUAAAGAAUACACAGUUAAACAGGAAAUAACAAUUUCAAAGUAGGAGCAGAUUUUUUUAUUAUAAAAAAAAUGCUGUUUAUAAAAACUUUGAAAAUUAACCAAAAAUCCGUGAAUAAGUGAAAUUUUCUGAAAUUUGGUGGGCUAACAGUGGUAAAUGUAUUCUACCACUAUAGCAAGCUUCAUCCCGAUCGCUUUAAAAAUAAGGGAGAUAGGAGCCCCUGAUUUCUCCCCAAUUAUAGUAAUUUAAUUAUGCGCAACUCCUGUAAUGAAAUAGUAACAAAAUUUCAUUAGUCUCAUUAUAAUAAUGCAAUUUUCACUAGGUUUAAUUUUGAAACACUUUAGAAACGAAGCACCAACACCCCCCAGUAUUCUAAUGUCUUUUGAACCCCUUUUUUUGAACCUCACAUCUAUAGUACAUAUACCACAAAAACGAAUAGCAGGUCAAUGUGCUUUAGCAACUUUUCAACUCAAACUUACAAUAUACAAAUGUGAAAUUAAUCAGCGAUGUCAGGUAAAACUAGCAUAAGUAAAAAAAAAAACCAUAUUGAAUUGUUGAGAGACCACUUGAAAGCUUCUUCCCAAGUGCAUCCAGCAAUUAUUUGUUUUUAUUUCUUUCUUUUUUUGUCCCCCAAUUUCCUUUUUCUUUUUUCUUUUUGUUCUCAGACUAAUUGGAAAUUUUUAAUAACAUUAGCAUUGGAAGGGCAAUAGAGGUCUGGGAGAAACACAGUUUCAGUUGGUAACAGUGUGACUGUAGUAAACAGUGUGAAUUCUUUGUAUCAAUCUACCAUAGACAAGCUAAUACCAGCUGCCUCCAGAAUCCCUUUCAAGGCAUGUUGAACAUCAAAGCUGAGAAAUCUGCCUCACCAUUUUCCCAUCAUUUUAAAGAAGCCUAGAUCUAUCAGUUUGGCCACCAAAAUACAAAUCAUAAGGUUUUGUAAAAAGGAGCUUCUUUGUCAGAACUUUGUUAACUGAAGUAUGCCUGGGUCUAGCCUUUUUAUUCUAAUGUUAAAACUUAUGAUUUUAAAGUUAUCAUAAAAUAAAGAACUGUGGAGUAGUACCUCAGUUCUGGAAAAUGUGAUGUUAAAGUUUGUUGUUGUUUUUUUGCUCACAAUUUUGACAUCUCUCUUCCUGUAUUAUAUUUAUUUCUCUUGACCCCUUUGCUGUGUUUCAAUGAGAAUGUCUACAGUUCAUGACUCUGAGCCAUAAUUGGUUUUGAGUAAAUCUGUGGCACUAUUGUGUUUAGAAGUGAAACUAAAAUUUGAAGUAGUAUCAGUUCAGGUUUAAUGUUGGUUCAGCCAUCUUGCUGUAUGAUAUUGGGCAAAUUGUUUUGCCAUAUGUGCCUCUCUUGUUUCAUCUGUAUUAACAGCUACCUCAUGCAGCAGGAGUGGAGAUUUACUGAGCAAGUUGCAAUUAUUAUUCUGUCUUCAAAAGAAGCGUGAUUAUACUUCCUUGUGUUUAAAAAUCUUUAAAUAUGUUUUUUUAUGUUCAUGCGGAGAAACCACUUCUUUGUAGCAUUUUUUAGACUAAUCCUAUGCUACUUUGAGAUUAUUUUAUUUUCUCUAGGCCCAGCCAGACAAGCAAAUCUAAAGAGUUAUUUCUUUGAAUAUGUAUAGAUUCUGAGUGUCUUUCUCCCUCUUAAGGUCAAGUCCUGCUGUUUAGCAUGCUUCACAUUUAACUUCUGUAUUAUUGAACUAACAAGCAUGUACAAGGCUCAAUGAAAGUAACCUUUUCACUCCUCCCUGGGCUCCCUGUGAAAAGAAACACAUGUCAACUUGAGAAUUCAUGUGUUUGCAAGACUUGCAAUGCAGGUAUUUGUAAAUGUUAUUUGCUAAAAUUCACACAGUUGAAAAAACAUGCACAAACAGGCUUUACUCAAUAUACAGAACAUUGUCUCAUGCUAGGAAGAAGGCAAGAUGUAAAUUUAAAAAACCCAAACUUAAAUAAAAUUUGUAAAGAAGAUGUGUAUAAUAGGAAAAUAUCAGUGCAGAUUUCAAAGUGAGAAUUAAAACCAAUGUUACAUAAUCUGAUAUGAAAGAAAGUUAAGAAAAUUCAGAAAAAUGGGGUGAAAGUGACCGAGAGAUUUCCACAUCCCUCAUCUAGGUCAGCUAUUUCAAGAUUCCUAUUGAGUGAUUGAAGCUAACAGCUUCCUCUCGUGUAGCUGGCCCUCACCUGAUCUAUUUUGUAAGUAGAAAUAAUAGUGGUCUUGGCACUAACUAUAAAGGUGCUAUAGUACAGUGUGAAUUUUAGGAGGAUGCUGAAUGUUUAGGAGCAAACUCUAAUUUUAACCAGUGCAUGGCCAUGAUUAUGGUUCCAAUCCCAGAAAGGACUCCAUGUCCCAGAUGGUGAGACUAAUACGUUUCUGAGAAUCAACAUCCUUUUUAUAUCACUUGGAGAGAAGAGCAGAAAUUUAUUUUGCCACAUGAGAGUUUGCAUUUUACAUGAAACAUAAAACCCUAAAGCAUUCUCUAAUUGUCUUUUUCAAGACAAUGGAAACUAAUGGAAUAUUCUAUUCCUGGUGAAUUGAGAAGAAUGACUAUCUUCUCUAUUUAAAUAUUAAUCAUUUUAAAUUAGUAUCUGUUCAAAAUUGUAUCCCAUAAUGUUUGAGGUAUCCUUCGGUUUAAAUGUAUGCAUGAUGUAUAGAAACACAUAGGAUGAAGGUUGUGGAUGUUUGUUCCCAAAUACUCUGAUUCCUCUCAUUCUGUCCUUUUUAUGAUUUCUCAGCUGGUGUCAACCUCCUUUUGCUUUAUGUAAUCUUCUGAUGUAGAACCUUGAUCUAGUUGACUUCUGUAAUUUAGUUUGUGUGCAUUUUUGUUUUUGUUUUUCUUUCAGUACAGAUAGGAUGUUGUCUUAUAGCUGCUCUAUGCUUGUGACCAAUAUUCUCUGAGUUGGUUGUCUUCACAGUCACACAACCACCCUUUUAUCCUGCUUCAGGUGUUUUCUAAAAAUCCCUCCUCAAACCAUGCUAAAGAGUAGAAGUCUAUUUCAAUGGAAGGAGCAGGAGUGCCAAGCUGCCAGCUCAGAAAUGUGUGUCCCUCCAGAUGUUGAACUGCAACUCCCAGUAUUCUUAACCGUCAUAGCCUGUAGUGAUAAAUUCCAGAAGUUGUCACUCAACAGUAUUUAUAAGAAUGCAGAAUUAUCACCCCUGUGCUAACCAAAGAUUUGGAAAGUUCAGAAGAUUGCUAGGGAUAGCCACAGCACCAUAGGUGUGACUCUGUAGUGAUGACAGGUGAAUAAUCUGCUUUUCUAUUACCUUCCUUUGUAAGGGAGUAGUAAUGCACAUCUACUGUAAGUAGUUACAACUAGGUUUUGAGACUUAUUAAAUCACCUUCCUUGAAUCUAGGGUUGCCAACUCUUGUGGUAGUAGGAGGAGGACCAAUCUCUGCUACUUGCAUAACUGGAUCCCCUGGAACCACCACCAUCACCUCCUCUUCCUCCUCUUUGUUGGAUCUGUUUUCUGUUGGUGAAAGAUUGUAUUCAUGUGGAAUAAUUCCACACAAGUGAUGUAUCUCACAGGUUAGCCCAUAUGGUCUUGCAUGCUCAGGUGUAGAAUGUUUUUAUUUUUGAUAGUUGUUUGCAUAGGUGCAGCAUAACGAUUUUUUGUGAAGCACCUUAGAGAGAGAAUUUGAUUCUUAAUAUUGGCUGAAACCACCUGAGGCUUUUUACAAAAUUACUGUUUUCACACAUACAAAAAUAUUGGUAGGGGGCUGUAGCACUGAAAAGAUCAUUUAUGAUCCCAAAUCUACAUUACAGUUCUUGUCUGUGAGGUACUGUGUUCUUUGUUCUGUGACAGUAGGUAAGUGGAUAUUGAAAUCUGCCUUUCAGCUUCUGCUCAGCAGCAAGUCAACAGUGGUGGGCUAAAAGAUGGAUUUUUUUUCUGAAAAAGCUUUAUUUAAUGAUAUCUUGUUGCCUCUUUAAGCCAUUUGAGGCUUAAAAUAAUUUAAAUUUAUAUCAGUGGCUGGUUUGUUUCACUGGUUUGUUUCACAUCUGUUCAUUAAUAGUAUGUUGUGUGUAUAUCUUUGAUACAUUUUUAAUUUAUGCUAGAGAACAAUAUUUAAAUGCACAGAGGUAAUUGAGAUUGAUAGAAGAUCCUUUUGCUUUCUCUAGGCUUUUUUUGUGGAUGUACUGGAGAAAAAAAAUGUAAACCAAGGAUGCCAAGCAGGCUUGGUUCAACAGCUAAAAUUAUUAUUGUAUUACAGUGUAAUGAUAUUCUAGGCCUUGUCUCAACACUAGAGCACACAAACUUGAAUAAAACUGUUAUAAAGAA